AUAUAACCUCUGCCAGUGAGACUGUGGCAGUAUCCAGAGUUCACACUCGUAGACAGAGGAGGAGAAGAUUGAACAGAAGACCUGAGGCGUCAGCAGCGAAAGAGUCUUAAGAGCAAUGACUACCUCCAUGACAAAACUGCAGGAGCUCUACAACCAGCAGGGCUUUCUCUCAGCGCUGCCUGUAUUGAAUGAGACUGAGCUGAGGGAGGCCAAGCAUGCCUUUUCUGAGCUGGAAAAAGAGUUUGGUGAAGAAUACACUCAGUACAGCCUCCACAAUGUUCACCUUCAGUAUCCAUGGGUGAGGAGCCUGACCAAACACCCUCACAUCUUAAAAGUGGUCAAAGCUGUCCUGGGCCCUGAUAUCAUCCUGCUGGACUCCCGCUUCAUCUGCAAAUACCCAACAGUUAAAUCUGACAUACAGGAGAAUGAAGAGGGACAAACCAAAACUGAUAGGAAUGUUGCAGAGAAUGCACUUCCAUAUGUGGCCUGGCAUCAGGAUAUGAGGUAUUGGGGUAUUGCUGGUGGACCUGUUCUCUCUGUGUGGCUUGCUUUAGAUGACUCACUGAAAGAGAACGGAGCCCUUCAAGUCAUCCCAGGCAGCCACUGCGCCGGCAUGUUGCCCCAUCAUCUAGCCACUCGUCCUGGAAACAUGCUGUCAGUCAAUCAGGAGAUCCCAGAGGAGCUAGUGCAGACUGACGAAGCUGUGUUUUGCCCUCUGUUAGCUGGGCAGAUGUCUAUUCAUGAUGGACUCCUGGUCCAUGCCAGUGAUGCCAACACAUCCCAGAUGAGGCGUUGUGGGUUUGUGAUCCGUUAUGUUCCCACCUGUGCAUAUCCCACACAGGAUCCUGAUCGUCCCAGGAAGUUUGAUGCAACAAUGUUGGUCUGUGGAAAAGAUCACUUCAAUCAUUUCACCAACAAAACCACAGGAAUACUUCCUUGAUUCUUCCUACUUACAAGAACAGCUACUUGUACACAGGAAGCUCACAUGUCUAUUCUAUGUUUAUGAAUAAUAUAUUUUACCAAAAAUAAGGACAGGUUUCAAUGACAUUGUUUGUACCAUAUUUAGUGUGAACCUGUUUAAACUGCUUUAAGACACUAGUCAAUCCAUAAAGCUUAUUAUUGUACCUAGUUUGCAAAAUAUUAAGGAUGUAUGUACAGCUUUAAUAAAGGUAAAUCAAUAUUGAAAUUUGAA